AUGGCGCUGGCCAUCGUCGCCAUUCUAGUGCUGCCCGCAAUCCGGGCGGCAGCUGACACCAACAGUGGUUCGCGUAUUAUCGGGGGAUUUGUGGCACCGGCCGACAGCACCCGCCAUCAGGUUUCCCUACGGCUAAAGGCAUACGAAGACAGGGGUUUCGGCCGGGGUCAUAUUUGCGGCGGCAGUUUGAUCAAGCAGUCUCUCGUGCUGACCGCUGCACACUGCCUGGUGGACGACGGGUUUACAUUCCCGGCGAGCCUAUUCGUCGUCGUCGGUGGGCACACCGAGCGUUUGGUGCAAACGGACAAUACGUUCAUCAGCGACAUCGCGAAGCUGAUCGUCCACGAGAAGUACGAUGAGGAGCUGUUCACGAACGAUAUCGCGCUGCUGCACCUUACCACCGCGGUUCCGUCGGCCCAUCCCACGCUGCAGCCGAUCACCAGGGUUACGCAGACGCCGGAGGUCGGUACCGCGUGCCAGGUGACAGGCUGGGGCACCACCGUUUCGGGUGUGCCGGGCUCAACGGCGAAUCUGAUGGCGGUCAACAUUACCAUCAUCGACACGACCGUUUGCAACGCGACGAAUAGCUACAAUGGUGAAAUCAUGCCCGGUAUGCUGUGCGCUGGCCAGCUUGAGGGGGGCAAGGACAGCUGCCAGGGUGACUCGGGCGGACCGCUGGUGUGCGACGGCCUGCUAGUAGGUACGGUUUCGUUCGGCUUCGAGUGCGGUCUGCAAGACUUUCCCGGCGUGUACGCCGACGUUGCCUUCUACAACGAGUGGAUCACCGUGAACGCUGCGCCUACGGUGGCGGGCCGAACUUCUCUACCGCAAAUAUCUAGCGUUUCGAUUCUGGCUGCCUUACUGCUACUGCUGCCAGCAUACCUAAAAUGAUUUACAAGCAAUAAAAUU